AUCGCAUCAUGUUUGUGUCGGUGAGACUCGUCGAAUGGAUUUAUAACUUGAGCUAAAAAAAAAAAAUGAAAAUUUUAUUUAGGUUCAAAGCCAUAAGCUGACCAGAAAAGGUCAUGUUGCAUACCAGUCGAUCCGUAUAAUCGAACUCGACACAUUCGGGGUGUUUAAAUCGCUCUAGAAUGUUUCUCAAAAGUCAAUAAAAAUAUUUUUAAACAGUAUCAGGAAUGCCUACCACAAUGUUUUCCGCAGGUAAUAACAAUGUGCCGUCACAACGUUUUAAGCGUGGAACCGGUAAGCGAUCAGCCUUUUGAUACUAGUCACACCUCUACUUCCUUCAGCUAUUAGGAUUCAUCCAUUUGAACAGAAACAUGCGAGAUACGGGUGGAGUUUUCAAGCUCAAAAUUGUUCCUCUCACGUCGAAACUCAUCGAAAGUUGUGGCACCAGCCAUUCUGAACCACAAGAUAGCGUUCCUAAGCGCAAUUCAGCAGACAGGUACGCAAACAAGGGAAAUCGGGCGGCCGGCGCGGUCCCUGCCGGCGUCUGUACAGUCGGCUCAUUCUGCUCUGAACCGGCCAGAUCUGGUUUGCGCCGUCGCCGGUCGCGGAGGGGCCUCGCCUGCCGUUCAAGCCGCCGCCGCCGGACGGCGCCAGCUUCGGCGCUGAUCGAAGCUGCCGAGCCGGGCCGACGGUGGCGCCACCUCAGCUCCGCCGGCCUCGGCCACUCCUGGCGGCGGGCUCGGCAUUUAUCGGUCAGGGGUCGGCGCCGCAGCACGCAACCAGCCAUGAAGAAGGCAGCGAAGAAGGAGGGCGGAGACGCCGAGCCGGCCGGCUCCCCGGCCAAGGAGGACAAGAAGCCUGCCAAGGAGGCCGCCCCCAAGAAGGAAGCCGCCGCGAAAGAAAAGGGCGGCAAAAAAGGUGGCAAGAAGUGACCUCUGCCCAAGGCUGCGCCCAUUCACCAUUUCAUUUGCCAUUCGUUUUGCCACACAUGGAUCGCGUCGUCAAGAGCAAAGAUAUUUCCACCGUUGCAAGCUGGCUGUGUUGAGUGUUCCCAACUAUUGAAGUGAUGUGCUAGGUCCAGGUUUGGCCGGGAGGUCUCAAGGCCAGUAGUUCUUAGCUCGCCCGCUGCUGUGUUAAGAUCGGGGCUCAUUCCAACUGUGUGCGGUGGGUCAAUAAAUCAUCAGUUUAUUUGUGUA